AUGGUGAAAACAGCUAAGCUUUACACUAUCAGAUUUCUGAAGCAGCAAAACUGUAUGUCUGAGGACACAGCUGGGAAGCCACACUUCAGGAAAACCAUAACAAGCCUUAACACCUUUAAUGAUCUUCUCCACAUUGGUGAGCAGCAGGAUAUAGCUGGACAGGAGCGAUUUCAUGCUUUAGCCCCAGUGUACUAUAGAGGGUCAGCAGCUGCCAUUAUAGUUUAUAACAUCACAAAAGAGGAAACUUUCUCAACAUUAAAGAACUGGGUUCGACAACAUGGACCUCCAAACAUUGUAGCUAUUGCAGGAAAUAAAUGUGAUCUUAAUGACGUAAGGAAAGUCAUGGAAAAAGAUGCUAAAAACUACUCAGAUUCCAUUCAUGCAAUAUUUGUAGAGACAAGUGCAAAAAAUGCAAUAAACAUUAAUGAACUUCUUACAGAAGCAACGCUUCACCUCUGGUCUGUUUGUCCAAAACCUGAACCAGAAAGUUAUCAUUAA